CUUCCCUUCUUCCAUUCCUUCCUUCUCUCCAUUUUCGAUCUCACCUUCUCGCCUUUGCAACCGAGAGAGACUGAGCCUGAAAUCGGAGAGUUGGCCGUCGAUUCCCUCACUUGGCUCUUCCAUUUUCAUUAUCUUCUUCGUUUUCUUCACUUAUUAAGUAUCUAUAAAAGAUGGCUGAUGCUGAGGAUAUCCAGCCACUUGUUUGCGACAAUGGAACCGGAAUGGUGAAGGCUGGAUUUGCCGGUGAUGAUGCUCCCAGGGCAGUGUUUCCCAGUAUUGUUGGUCGACCUCGACACACUGGUGUCAUGGUGGGUAUGGGCCAGAAAGAUGCUUACGUUGGUGAUGAAGCCCAAUCCAAAAGAGGUAUUCUUACCUUGAAAUAUCCCAUUGAGCAUGGUAUUGUCAGCAACUGGGAUGAUAUGGAAAAGAUUUGGCAUCACACAUUCUACAAUGAGCUUCGUGUUGCACCAGAAGAACACCCAGUGCUUCUUACCGAAGCUCCUCUCAAUCCUAAAGCCAACAGAGAAAAGAUGACACAAAUCAUGUUUGAAACUUUUAACGUACCUGCCAUGUAUGUUGCCAUCCAGGCCGUUCUAUCUCUGUAUGCCAGUGGUCGUACAACAGGUAUCGUGCUCGACUCUGGUGAUGGUGUUAGUCACACUGUGCCAAUCUAUGAGGGUUAUGCUCUACCCCAUGCUAUCCUCCGUCUGGACCUUGCUGGUCGUGAUCUAACUGACGCUUUGAUGAAGAUUCUCACUGAGAGAGGGUACAUGUUCACAACCACUGCCGAACGGGAAAUUGUCCGUGACAUGAAAGAGAAGCUUGCUUAUGUUGCGCUCGACUAUGAGCAGGAACUUGAGACUGCUAAGAGUAGCUCCUCAAUUGAGAAAAACUAUGAACUGCCUGAUGGACAAGUCAUCACAAUUGGAGCUGAGAGAUUCCGAUGCCCCGAAGUUCUUUUCCAGCCAUCCCUCAUCGGAAUGGAAGCUGCUGGAAUUCACGAGACUACCUACAACUCAAUUAUGAAGUGUGAUGUGGAUAUCAGAAAAGAUUUGUAUGGCAACAUUGUUCUCAGUGGUGGUUCUACCAUGUUCCCUGGUAUUGCUGACCGUAUGAGCAAAGAGAUCACAGCUCUUGCUCCCAGCAGCAUGAAAAUCAAGGUCGUUGCACCACCAGAAAGGAAAUACAGUGUCUGGAUUGGAGGAUCGAUCCUUGCAUCUCUCAGCACCUUCCAGCAGAUGUGGAUUUCAAAGGGUGAGUACGACGAAUCUGGCCCAUCCAUCGUCCACAGGAAGUGCUUCUAAGUUCAAUAUGUGCUUUGAAUGGUGAGUUAUUUCCUUUAGUUGGCUUUUUUUGUGUCAUGUGUAAUGUGAACUCUUUCGGUUGAGCACGGAUACGGGUCCAUGGAAGGAGGGUAUAUUUCUGAGGUCAUUCAUUCAUAUGCCCAUUACUUUCCCCCACUGCUAUGAGUUUGAGAUUCGUAAUUCUACUGCGUAUUGACGGGUUAAGAAGUAAUUGACCCUCUGGAUGUUUAUGUUGUUGUUGGGCAAAAUCAACUCUCCUUCCAAAAUCUUUCCCUUGUCUGCCUUUGCCAAAUCUGUGAUGCAACCAUGUCUUUUUUUCUAGUAGGAGAUGAUUGUGAUGUUUUUUUUUUUUGUUUUUUACUCUUUAUCCUUCUCCCUUUUUCUCUCCUAUUUCCUAUUCCAAGUUCUUUCUUUUUUCGAGAACAUUAAUGUUAAUAGUUAUUGUAAGACAAAUAUUAGUCAGUUUGCUCCUUGCGGUCAUAAACUUGCUAUGCAAAAUGAUAUUUUAUUAUUGGCUUGGAAGGUUUAUAAGGGCCUCAUCAUAUUCAUA